ACUCUUUGUUUUGGUGCCACCCACGUUCCUCGCCAGCCCCGAGCCCGGGGGAGGGACAUUCCCGCUGCCCCCCCCGGCCCGGCCCGGCCCCACGCGGGGAGAAGGCUGCAGAAUAACGACCCCGUUUUUCUCCAGAGCGUCCCAUCUUCCCAGGAGCCGGGCCAGGGAAAUGGCUGUGGUGGAUCCAGCUCAGGGGCCGGUGAGCUUCGAGGAGGUGGCCGUGUAUUUCACCGCGGGGCAGGGGGCGCUGCUGGACCCCGCUCAGAGAGCCCUCUACAGGGACGUCAUGCAGGAGAACUAUCAAACAGUGACCUCGCUGGGACUCCCCAUUCCCAAACCUGACCUGAUCGCCCAGCUGGAAGCAGGGGAAGAGCCGUGGGUCCCAGAUCUCCAGGCCUUUGAGGAAAGGAAGAUGCCAAGAGGCACCUGCACAGAAUUACAGCUCUUACCCCUAGAGCGCAGACAACGUUCUCUGAGGACAGUCAAUCUCUUACGGCUUUAGCAAUAAUCACUGCCAAUGGGGCUGUUCCGACAUUCUGCACCGGCUGUCAGACCUUGCCAUGGAGAGAUACCAUCAAAGCCCCACGCUGUUCUGAUGAAGGUAUUUUAGGGCUUGGGGGCCCUGAUUAUAUUAAACUGGAUUUUAAAUCCCGUUAGAUUUUCAGUAAAUUUUUCAAAAGUAUCAUUUAAAAAAUGACUUAGGAUUAGAGUUUUAGCUAUUAGGCACCUGAGGAUGCAGAGAGGGGCUUAGUGGGGUUGUCAAAGCAGGUUAGGCAUUAGGGGCUAGAUCAGGAGCUCUCAAACUGGGGGCCAGGUCCCCGCAGGGGGUCACGAGGUUA